AUGCAUGGCAUUAAGCACGCAGGCUGUGUUAUGAUUCCCAAGAGAAAAGGCAGCAUUAUCUCCACGGCUAGUAUUUCAGCAAUAGUAGGAGGACUUACUCCUUACUCCUACACUGCCUCCAAACAUGCCAUUAUUGGGCUUUCUAAGAACGGUGCAGCAGAGCUGGAAAAAUAUGUUAUAGGAGUAAAUUGUAUUUCUCCGGCUUUAGUUGUCACAGAUAUGCGAUUGAAUUAUGUUGGAAUGGCCCCGUCAGCUGAGGCAAAGGCCAAGGUGGAGCCCACGGCUCAAGGCGUAGCACCCUUAAAGGAAGCCAGUCUUCAAGCAGAGGAUAUUGCACAGGCUGCCUUGUAUCUUGCCAGCGAGGAUUCCAAAUAUGUAAGCGGUCACAACAUGGUGAUAGAUGGGGGAGUAACUGUUGUACGAGAUGAAAAUGCAGUGUUUGGAAAGUACUAA